CCUGAUGGACAACCCCACCCUGUACCUGGAGAAAUAGCUGCACGAGCUGAUCCCGGCGGUGAUGACGUGCAUCGUGAGCCGCCAGCUCUGCCUCCGGCCCGACGUGGACAAUCACUGGGCCCUGCGCGACUUCGCCGCCCGGCUGGUGGCCCAGGUCUGCAAGAACUUCAGCACCACCACCAACAACAUCCAGUCCCGCAUCACCAAGACCUUCACCAAGAGCUGGGUGGACGACAAGACCCCCUGGACGACCCGGUACGGCUCCAUCGCGGGGCUGGCGGAGCUCGGCCACGACGUGAGUGCCACCUGGGCCACCCCUGGCACCUCCCUGUCACCCCCAGUGUCACCUCCCU